AUGCAACGGCCUAUGAACACGUUCAUUCGUUACCACCUGGUAGGUUUAUUUUUCUGCUCAUCCAGCCUCUCUUUCCCUGCCCACGUGGUCUCGGGCUCCGGCCCCGAACUGCUCACACAGUUCAAGGCUCCUAGGCGGCCGCCUUUUCCAGUACCAGGUGUGCAGAGGUAUCCUCUCCCCACACGCGGCAGGCUGCACGUGGUCGCUGACUCCGAGGUGACACGGGGCCUUCAGAAGCCCAGAACGGAACGGGGGCAGAGGAGGGGGGCGGUGUUGCACGGCCGCAGCCAGCGCCGCCCUCCGUCCUCCCCCAACAGCAGGGGUCCUGUGACAGCAUCUGUUAGGGAAACGCUUGUGCUUUCUGUACCCGCUGAAGUCACCGUGAUCCCAUUAGAUAUGGAAGGUACCACACCCCCAGUUGCUUUCUUGAAGGACAUUUUAUUUCCUUACGUCGAAGAAAAUGUUAAAGAGUAUCUGCAGACACAGUGGGAAGAAGAGGCUUGCCAGCAGGAGGUCAGGCUUUGGAGGAAACAGGCUGAAGAGGACGCCCAGCUGGAUGCUGUUCCUAUCUCUGCAGCGUCUGGGAAUGGGGUGGAUGAUCCAGGCCGUGGUAGAUAUGCGUGCUGGCAGAUGGACCUGGAUCGAAAGACCACUGCACUCAAACAGCUGCAGGGCCACAUGUGGAGUUCGGCGUUCGCAGCUGGGCGCAGGAAAGCAGAGUUCUUCGCAGAUGUAGUUCCAGCUGUCAGGAAGCGGAGAGAGGUCCAAACGAAGGUGUACAUCUAUUCCCCAACGAGUGUGGAGGCAAAGAAACUGUUAUUUAGGCAUUCUAUGCAGGGAGAUAUUCUUGAGCUUGUUGUUGGUCACUUUGACACCAAGAUUGGACACAAAGUGGAGAGUGAAAGUUACAGAAAGAUUGGAGACAGCAUUGGGUACUCAACCAAAAAUGUUUUGCUUCUGACAGACGUUACUCAAGAGGCCAGGGCUGCCGAGGGAGCAGCUGUGCACGCAGCUGUAGUGGUGAGACCGAGCAACACGGGAUUAACAGAUGAUAAGACUUGCUACAGCCUCAUUACCUUCUUCAGCGAACUAUACCUGCCUCCCUCAACCUAG